CGGUAAGGUGAAACCAGGGAGAGUCCUAACAUGUUGGGCCUUGUCUGAAACCUUCCCCGUGGCGUUUGCCGAGGGGCGUGUGAUUCUUAAUGAACCCGUUUCUUAAUGAACUGGUUCAUUCUCCGUUUUCUGUUUGCUCCCCUGUAGAUGAAGUGCGGACCGGCACAUACCGGCUGCUCUUCCACCCCGAACAGCUCAUCACCGGCAAGGAGGACGCGGCCAACAACUACGCCCGGGGCCACUGCUCCAUCGGCAAGGAGGUCGUCGAACUGGUCCUGGAUCGCAUCCGGAAGCUGGCCGACCAGUGCACCGGACUGCAGGGGUUCCUCGUCUUCCACAGUUUCGGUGGUGGCACCGGCUCGGGUUUCACCUCCCUCCUCAUGGAGAGACUCUCCGUCGAUUACGGCAAGAAAUCCAAGCUGGAGUUUUCCGUUUACCCGGCGCCGCAGAUCUCCACCGCGGUGGUCGAGCCCUACAACGCGGUGCUGGUCACCCACUGCACCCUGGAGCACUCCGACUGCUCCUUCAUGCUGGACAACGAGGCUAUUUACGACGUCAGCCGGCGGAACCUGGACAUCGAGCGCCCCACCUACACCAACCUCAACCGCCUGCUGGGACAGGUAGUGUCGUCCAUCACCGCCUCGCUGCGCUUCGACAGCGCCCUCAACGUGGACCUGCUCGAGCUCCAGACCAAUCUGGUCCCCUACCCGCGCAUUCACUUCCCGCUGGUGACCUACGCGCCCCUGAUCUCGGCCGAGAAGGCUUACAACGAGCAACUGUCGGUGUCGGAGAUCACCAACGCCUGUUUCGAGCCGGCCAACCAGAUGCUCAAGUGCGAACCCCGCCAGGGCAAAUACAUGGCGUGCUGCAUGAUGUACCGCGGGGACAUGGUGCCCAAGGACGUCAACGCCUCCAUCGCCACCAUCAAGACCAAGCGCUCCAUCCAGUUCGUGGACUGGUGUCCGACCGGGUUCAAGGUAGUUGGAGGUUGUGCAGGAAUCCACGCGGCAGAAGCUUGACCCAAACACUGGUCUCGCACUGAGCUGUGAAAUUUACCACAACCAGACCAGCCGCUCCACGAUUGCAGAAACCAGGAGACGUUCUUUCCAAACCGAGGGCCUGGGUUCUUAACAUCCAGGGAACCAUUGACGGUUUCUGGGCGACUCCUGUCAAAUGGCUCACGCCAGGAUCUUGAUAACUAGCAGGGGUUUCCCUCGUUUAAAGGUGCAAAUCUUCAUUUUUUAGACCACGAUCAGUAACAUUCGGCCUAUGGGGUCCAUGCUGACCCUCCCACACUGAUCUGUUUUGUAGUAAAUGCCUAUUAUGUUCUGUGUGCUGAAGCAAAGCAAUAAUUUCAUUGUCCUAUCAGGGACCCAUGACAAUAAACUCACUUGAACUUGAACUUGAACCAGUAAUUCUAUUCUCUCCUGUCACUAAUGUCUCGCUAGAAUUUAGAAGAUUCAGUUGGGAUCUUAUAGAAACUUACAAAAUUCUUAGGGGCUUGCCAGGCUACAUGCAGGAAGAUUGUUCCCGAUGUUGGGGAAGUCCAGAACAAGGGGUCACAGUAUAAGGAUAAAGGGGAAAUCUUUUAGGACUGCGAUGAGAAAAACAUUUUUCACACAGAGAGUGGUGAAUCUGUGGAAUUCUCUGCCACAGAAUGCAGUUGAGGCCAGUUCAUUGGCUAUAUUUAAGAGGGAGUUAGAUGUGGCCCUUGUGGCUUAAUAGAUCAGGGGGUAUGGAGAGAACGCAGGUACAGGAUACUGAGUUGGAUGAUCAGCCAUGUUCUUAUUGAAUGGCGGUGCAGGCUCGAAGUACCGAAUGCCCUACUCCUGCACCUAUUUUCCAUGUUUCUAUGUUUCUAUGUAACGCUCGUUCAGUCCCAUAUUUUUGCAUUACUCCUCCAUGCGACUUGCCAGCAGCAGCAUCUUUGCGGUGGGGGGAGUGGGAAUGGGUAAGGCGGCGGAUCGUCGGAGGUUGGGAUCGAUCCCGGGUCUACAGCGCUCUGGAACAGCUGCCUUCGUGGAACUCCAACCCUAGCGGGAACCAUUUGCAAUUUCCAGAACUCCAUUGGUUGGCCCCGGUUUCUUCCAACCGAAGAACCAAACUGGUGUCCCUCGGCUAAAUGAGAACCGUUUUGUCCUUCAUCACUCACUUAUAUAACACUGCCUAUUAAUCCAUCGCCGACAUGUUGACGUGACAAAGCAAUGGAGGUCGGCUUUUAUUCGCUGCACCACUGCGGGGAAGCUCAGCAGGACCUGUGGGAGGGUCUACCGACUGUAGAUAGGGAGGUGGCCGAUCUUCUUGAUGCCCCUUUAUCUUUGGAGGAGUUGGCUCGUGCCUUGCAUCAGCUCAGGAGGGGUAAGUCCCCCGGGUCUGGAUGGGUUGACGGUAGAAUUUAUUAUAGCUUUUUGGGAUAUCCUGAGGGGUGACUACAUGUUGGUUCUGGGGGAGAGCCUGGCGACCGGGGAGAUGCCCUUCUCGUGGCGUAGAGCAGUUGUUGUCUUGCUGCCCAAGAAGGGCGAACGGCGCUUGUUGAAGAACUGGCGCCCGGUCUCUCUCCUAUGCACAGAGUAUUAAGUUUUUACACAGGCGAUGACAAAUUGCCUGGGCUCCGUGCUGUCUCAACUGAUUCAUCCUGACCAGUCCUACACAGUCCCUGGCAAGUCCAUUCAGGAUAACAUCCACCUGGUUAGGGACCUGAUUCAUCUAGCCCAGGGUACUGGCCAAUCAGCUGUUUUUCUGUCUCGAUCAGGAGAAGGCUUUUGAUAGGGUCGAGCAUGAAUACCUCUUCGGGACGUUGUUACAGUUCAGAUUUGGACCACAUUCUGUGGCCCGAGUCCGCUUCUGUACUCUGCAGUGGAGUGGCUUGUGCAGGUUAAUGGUGUGUUGUUGGCCCCCUGUCAUUUUGGGAGGGGGUCCGUCAGGGGUGCCCCAUGUUGUACUCGGUGUGUGUGGAACCGUUCCUGUGUCUUCUUCGGAGGAGGUUCACAGGCCUGGCCCUACCUGGCCAGGGGGUGGAUGUGGUUAUUUCGGCGUAUGCCGAUGAUGUACUCCUUAUGUUCACUGAUCCUGGUGACUUGCGGAGGAUGCGUGACUGCCAGGAGAUUUUCUCAGCUUCAUCUUCUGCCAGGAUUAACUGGAGUAAGUGUUCUGGACUUUUGGUGGGUCAGACUCCCUGCCGGAGGGGAUGAUAAUGUUUGCGUGGAGCACCACGCACCUCCUCUAUUUGGGUGUGUAUCUGAGCCCCACUGAGGAUGCUUGUCCGGCAAACUGGCAGUAGUUGGAAGUGGUUGCCCGGCUGGGGCGCUGGUCAGGUCUGUUUGGAAUUCUUUCCAUUCAGGGGAGGUUGUUGGUCAUAAAGCAGCUGGUGGCCUCCAUGUUAUGGUACCGGCUGGCUACUCUUGUCCCGCCUUCCAUUUUUAUAACUGCUUUACAGAAGAUGCUGGUGGAUUUCUUCUGGGGAAAUAGGAAGCACUGGGUCUCCGCAGCUGUCCUGAGUCUCCCGUUAAAGGAGGGCGGCCAGUCCUUGGCAUGCGUGCGUACCCAGGUGGCGGCUCUCCGUCUUAGGACUCUGUGGAGGUAAAUGUAUGUAGAGAACACCCCCCCCCCCCCAGAUGGCACUCUCUGGCCACGUAUUUUUUCCGACGGGGUCGUUGCCUAAGGGGGGGUCUCGCGGCUCCCGGUGGCGGGCAUCAGUCGACCCGCCCUAAGGGGGUUGCCUGUUUCCUACCGGGAUGUGCUAAGACCUGGGAAUUUGGCUGUUUUCAGCCAGCGUGUUGCUCCACGAGGGGAGGGGAAUGAUGCGGUUGCGGGAGUGGUCGGUCCUCACGCUGUCAUGGCGGGUGUCGAGGAGAGGCGUGCGCCUAGAGUGGUUCUGACUGAGCUUUCACCCGCUCCGUCAGAUCUGCUCAUCGGGCCUCGGCUCCGGGAUAUUUCUCGGGCUCCGGCUCCACACAACGUGAGCAGCCUUUCUGAGAUGGCCAGCAUGUCAUUUCGUGAUGCGAAGAGACGCGCACUGUAUAGAAUGCUCCUGCACAUUCUGCACCUCCUUGCCUUCGUUUCUCAUCCCAACACAUCAUGACGGACGGUGUUACCACCUGGAGGCGGGGAAGGCCCCCAGUGGGGGUCCCCCUACAAAGAAGUUGUCCCCCUUUACAUUGGGGACCUGGGGUGGAGAGUGUUGCAUGGAGCGGUGGCAUGUAAUGAACUUUUGAUUCGGUUCACGGGCUCGUCUGCUGCCUGUAUUUUCUGUGGCGAGGAAGAGUCCGUGUUCCACAUUUAUAUGGAGUGCGAGAGGCUACUGCCCCUGUACCAAUAUCUGAAGAGGUUGUUCCUCAAGUUCUGGUUGCAUUUUAGUCCUACGAUUCUAGUGUUUGCACUGAAGGCAGGGUGUGGGGAGAGCCGGGGGGGGGGACUUAC